GAACUUUGAGAGAAUUUAAACACCCUCAGUCAAGGCGGAUGCAAUCGCUUUAUCACACCGGAUUGAAGACAGAGUCGCACAUUUAGUGCAGCGGUUACAUGGCCUGGCCUGGCCUGACCUGGCCGGGUGUCCUGGCUGUAAGUCUGUCAUACCAUCUGGAGAAAAGCUUUCAUGUGGAAUCAGAGGUGUUAAUCAGGUAAUACCAUAUUAGCAGUUAAGAUGCUGUACUAGAGAAUUGUGCUUAAGAGGCACAACUGCAAGUACUGAACAAAUAGUGUGAAUUGAAUUUCCACUAAAGGCAUUGUAAUAUGAUCAUAUAAUAUUUUAGCCCACACAACUCUUGUAUAGUAGCAUUAUAUUGUCAAGAAAUGGUUGAUUACUUUGUUUUCUGUCGGGAGGCUAAUAUGGCGUUUCAUUUUUUUGUUUCAUUUUAAUGGGAAAGCGGAGUGGUGACCAAAAUGUGUAUGGACUGCUGAUCUUCAAUUGUUGUGCAACCUUCUCGUCACCAGAGUUGUAAAAGGCAUCCACGGCGUGCAUGUGAAAAGUUCAGAGCUUUGUAGUAUUACAGCGGGCUAUAUUUAGCUGAUGGUCAGUGUAUGACUUCUGGAAUAAGUGAGGGGAUGACAGAUGGGGCGGCAAAGUUUUUCUUGACCUGGCGACAGUGGAAUAAUUGCGGACAUCCAAUGCGCUGCCUUCAGCUCUGCAGAUGUCUCGUGUGUAGUAAGUGGACAAGCACGUGUGAUGUGAGUUUCUCAAAUGUGGAGCGUUAAUGAAGAAGCGCAGGACAUAUUGUCAUUAAAUAUUCAUAUCUUAGUUAAGCAGUAUUCUGGUUAUAAUUCAGCUGCCCGGCUGACCAUUGGUCAUCCAUCAUGCCACAACAUAUUUACGGCACAGUCAGAAGUUCCACUGUAUUAUCACUGUGUUAUUAUAUAUAAUAAAAUAGCUGAGUCCAAAGCAACCAAGCAAUUGCUCGAAAUAACGCCUCAAAAAUACCCUAGCGGUAAUCACAACUGCGCUAACAAGGUGGCACUGUUGCUUAGCUACACUUGACGAACCCUCGCAAGGCUGUGCUCAAGCGCCUUCCCCCUCCUACCACGAGACAGUCGCUUAUGCAGCGAGGCGAGCAGUCGCGCUGGAUGCAAUCUAUUGGCUUCUUGGCGCUGCUGCUAAUGUCACAACCCUGCCUGCCUGUAGCCGGCACUGCCUCCACCCGUGUAUUUCUGUCGCCGCGUCCCGCUCUCCCCCUCCCCCUUAAACAGUGUGGGCAGGAGUGGCAUGGAAGACUGCAUUGAGACGCUUCGCAUGGAAAUGCUCUUUGCUGUCGGUAUUGCUCCAGCACCAUUCUGGUGACAACAACAUGCCGUUGAAAUGGAAAAGCGGUUCUCCCGUCAGCUGGAAAUUCCCAGUGCCGGUUCUUAAGACGUCCCGGUCCUCACCGCUUUCACCUGCUUACAUCCACCAACACUCCUUUGUGGUGUGGACAAACCACUCUCUCCUCGCUGCCUGUCCGCCUUACCACCUGACAGGAUCCCUCGUGGAGGACGACGACACUCACAUGAAAGUGGCUCUGGGCUACGGUGAUAUGGGCGUCUGUGCUCACCUUCAGGCAUCAAAGACUGGAAACACACGUUUUUUCACAAGCAACACACACAGCUCAGUGGUUCUUCAGGGAUUCGACCAGCUUCGAAUAGAGGGACUGCUAUGCGAUGUCACUCUUGUCGCUGGCGAUGGCGACGAAGCCUUCCCCGUUCAUCGAGCAAUGAUGGCCUCUUCCUCAGACUAUUUCAAAGCCAUGUUCACAGGUGGAAUGAAAGAACAGGAUUUAAUGUGCAUCAAGCUCCACGGAGUCAACCGAAUAGGCCUGAAGAAGAUCAUCGACUUCAUCUACACAGCCAAACUGUCCCUCAACAUGGAGAAUCUGCAAGACACGCUAGAGGCGGCCAGCUUCUUACAAAUCCUUCCGGUGUUGGAUUUCUGCAAGGUCUUUCUUAUAUCUGGGGUUUCCCUUGACAACUGUGUGGAGGUGGGCCGCAUCGCUAACACGUAUAACCUCACAGAGGUGGACAAAUAUGUCAACAAUUUCAUCCUGAAAAACUUCCCCUCACUUUUGGGAACCGGCGAGUUUGUCAAGCUGCCUUUUGAGCGCUUGGCGUUUGUGCUGUCCAGCAACAGCUUGAAACACUGCACUGAAUUGGACCUCUUCAAGGCGGCUUGCCGCUGGCUGCGCUACGAAGAUAGUCGCAUGGACUACGCCUCCAAGCUCAUGAAGAACAUCCGCUUCCCCCUCAUGAACCCGCAGGAGCUCAUCAAUCACGUGCAGACGGUGGACUUCAUGCGCACAGACAACACGUGCGUCAACCUUCUCCUAGAAGCUAGCAACUACCAAAUGAUGCCCUAUAUGCAGCCCGUCAUGCAGUCGGAACGGACAGCCAUCCGCUCGGACAGCGCCCACUUGGUCACGCUGGGCGGCGUCCUGCGGCAGCAGCUCGUGGUGAGCAAGGAACUGCGUCUCUUUGACGAGAAGGCGCACGAAUGGAAAGCGCUGGCCCCCAUGGACGCGCCUCGCUACCAACACGGCAUCGCCGUCAUUGGCAACUUCCUCUACGUGGUGGGCGGCCAAAGCAACUAUGACACCAAAGGCAAGACGGCGGUGGACACCGUGUUCCGCUACGACCCUCGCUACAACAAGUGGAUGCAGGUGGCAUGCCUUAAUGAGAAGCGUACCUUCUUCCACCUCAGUGCACUCAAGGGACACCUCUACGCUGUCGGUGGAAGGAACGCGGCUGGGGAGCUCGCUACUGUGGAGUCCUACAACCCAAGGACAAAUGAAUGGACGUAUGUUGCCAAAAUGAAUGAGCCGCACUAUGGACAUGCCGGGACGGUGUACGGCGGCUAUAUGUAUAUUUCAGGCGGCAUCACGCACGACACCUUUCAGAAGGAGCUGAUGUGCUUUGACCCAGAUGCAGACAAAUGGACUCAGAAGGCACCCAUGACCACCGUGCGCGGGCUCCACUGCAUGUGCACGGUGGGCGAUCGCCUCUACGUAAUCGGCGGGAACCACUUCCGGGGCACGAGCGACUACGACGACGUGCUCAGCUGCGAGUACUACUCCCCCGCACUGGACUUAUGGACUCCAAUCGCCGCCAUGUUGCGAGGCCAGAGCGACGUGGGCGUGGCCGUGUUUGAGAAUAAGAUCUACGUGGUGGGCGGAUACUCGUGGAACAAUCGCUGCAUGGUGGAAAUAGUUCAGAAGUACGACCCCGAGAAAGACGAGUGGCACAAAGUGUUUGACUUACCCGAGUCGCUCGGCGGGAUUCGAGCCUGCACGCUCACAGUGUUCCCGCCUGACGAGAUGUCAGGCUCGCCAUCCAGAGAGUCGCCACUUUCAGCCCCUUGAUGAGUGAUUGGGGGGGAGCCCUGUUUUGGUCACACCCCCAUAACCCUUAACUCCCCAAAAAACAUAUAUAGACAUUGUUUGCACUUCCCUUUUGGACUAAGUCAGUACUGCGUCCCUCGGUCCUACAGUUCCUCAAGCGGUUAAACUUACACACCGCUACACGAAAGGCGAGCAAUUUCCACCCUUGUGUUGCAUACUCUGUUCGUAUCUUGUCAUGAAGUACCUUGACGUGAAAAGGGACUUUGCAAAUCAACUUUUCUACCUGAAUUUGCCGCCUGUCGUACGUCUCCAGGCGCGUUGCGGAGGAAAAGGUUACCAGGACAAGCUCAGGGCUCGGACCAGGCCCGCCUAAAAAGCACUCCUUCGGUUUUACUUUCCUGCGAUUGCUACUAAACUGACAACAAAGUGGUGUUUUCUAAAUUUAAUAAAGUUUUCAAAGUAAGUAGACAA